AUGAGUGCGAGUGCGAAGGGAGACGAGGAUGAACUCACCACCCUCCUCAAACGACUCGCUACUCUCUCAAGCUCACUUGUCACUCUGUCCAGAUCCGAAGUGUCGCUCUUAGCUAGAUCACUCGUACCGUCUGCUACUCGUCAAUCCCGUUCACUCGCAUAUCUUUGUCUAUCCAAAUUCUGCGACUCCACAUCGCACCAUCCAGACUCGACGAAGGAGUCCUCGACCGAUCACAUCUAUUCAACAUUCGAUCCAUAUCUUAGAUCGACCUUUGUUCCUGGAGUGAACCAGAGUGUAGAAGAAUCGACCGAACCUGAAUCAUGUUUACCGUUGACAUACCUCUUAUCGUCCCUCUUCCCUCUGUCACCAGACGCAACUGUCAAGCUCCUCACUACACCGCUGGAAGAUGUAGGUGAUGGAUUAGGUAUAUUACUGGAAGUUGCCGAAUUACCUUCAUCACUCCAAGUUGCGUUGGCCGAAUUGCUUACUGCUGCAGCGGGGACUAUAUCCGGCAGACAGAUGGUCCGGUCUAGAGCAAUGGAGUGGUUGAGAGGAGCAAUGGACUACCAAGAGAAGGAUCAGGAGUUGAGCGUGCUGUGCGCGGUAGCAUUGAGUAAAAUGAGUAGACAAGAGGAAGAAAUGGUUCCUGCACCUUCAGCUCAAGCCCCGGCUCAAGGUGACAAUAAUGAAUCAAGAGGUAUAACGAAUGAAGAAUUAGGUAUGGACGAUGAAAAGCUCUGUAGGCGAUUAAUGGUAUUUAUCGAGAAUACAUCAUCAUCUACCAAGCCUUCUUCAGCGAUCUUAUCUACUAUAGAAGGUCUAGCAGUCCUCUCCCUCAAUCCCAAGAACAAAACCACCCUGACUUCCUCCACCAAAUUCCUCAAAUCACUCAUUAGCCUAUCGCCAACGAUAUCACCUAAAGGCGGUAGUCUACCUGUAACUCCUCGAGGAAGUAUGGACCUCACCGUACCACUUGAUCAGAGAGAUACAGGAGUAUGUUUCGGACUAAGUACGAUAUUACUCAAUCUCACCAACCCCAAGGUCCAACUUUCGGCGGAAGAUCAACAGAUUGCCAAAUUACGUGCAAUGGCUUUAUCAGCGAAUAAGUCGAAAUUAUCCAAUAACAUAGAAGAUGAAGACGAAGAGAAAUAUGAGUCGGAAGAAGAAGUUAGGAAAAGGACGAAAUUGGUUUUGAGAUCUGGUGUGGUUGGGGCAUUGAACGGAUUGUAUAGAUCGGAAAGUACGAAAGUGAAAGAGAAUUUAGGAAGGUUAUGUAGGAAUCUGGUGGAAGAUCAGAAUGAUAGAUUGUCAUUCAUUAGAGAUGGUGGAUUUAAAGUCUUAUCGAAUAUCACGAGGGAUUUACUCAAUCUAGCUAUCAAACGAUCCAAUGGGGAUGGCGAAGAAACUGAUGUGAUUCCCUCGUUUCAAGCAUUGGCUAAAAUGAUUAUAACCACGCCACCCAAUCUGUUGUUCCCUCCACCACAUUUGACAACUUCGUUGAAUUCGCUUACACCAUUGUAUCAUCUAUUGAUACAUCCAUCUUCAAACUCUUUACAAAGGUUUGAAUCGUUGAUGGCUUUGACCAACAUCGCUUCGAUCGAUCCAUCAAUUGCCAAUCGCAUAGUCGCAGCUUCCGUCAAACCUCUCAUCAAAUCAUCAAACUCGUGGAAAGGAUCUGGAUCUACCAAAGAGGAUGAAGUGAGGAUAAUAGUGAAAGUGGAAGAACUGUUGCUGGACGAGAAUGACCUGAUUAGAAGAGCGUCAACUCAACUGUUAUGUAAUUUGAUAAGCUGCGAAAAAGGAUACGAAUAUUUCUCAGGUGAAAAUGGUAGCCCGAGCGAAAAUUCGAGUAGUAGGGUGAAAUCAAGAUUGAAUAUACUGUUGAUACUCAUUGGGAUAGAUGAUCUACAAACUCGUCUAGCAGCCGGUGGAGCUUUAGCUAUAAUUACCGAAUCUCCAAAUGCUUGUAAAAUCAUCUUAGAUUCAAACGUAAACGAAAUCUCUUCGACAUCAACAACCACGACAGGAAGUAAAUCACCUUGGAGGAGAAUAUCGAAGAUGCUUGAACCUGAUUCGGAGGAAGAGGAAUAUGUUGAAGACGGAGAGAUCAUACCUGUUAUCUCUUCCACUCCUGCUCUACCUAAUCUCGAGAUGGUACAUAGAGGUGUUAUCAUCUUGUUCAACCUCAUUACCUAUACUGUAAAGUUGAAAGAGAAUGAACAGCGGAUAGAGAUGAAUAGAUUGGAAGAAGCGAAAGUUCAGGAUAAGUUGAUGGAGGUUCUGAGGUUGAAGGGAAUGAGCGAGGAUGUAUUGGUGGUGCCUACGGUUGAGGCGCUGAAGUUGUUAAAGAUGGAGAAGAAGUAG